CUGCAGCAGAGGGGACAUUUAAGGUAAGCUUGGCUCUUUAUUGAACUUUACAACUUUUGUGAAGUAACGUGUCUGUAGUGAAAAUCAUAUAAAAGUGGAGCUGUUUUGUGAUGAAAUCUUGAUGAAGAUAUUCUGAACUUUUCAACUUCAGAUACUACUGCUCUUCUCUGUGAAGCUAAACUCUGAAUUUCUUUGGACAGGCUGUAAAGAUGCAUGGUAUUUUCGGAAGUUGUACAAUCGCAGCAUUGCUGCUGGCUGCAGCCUGGGCAGACCACGACCACCACCACCACGGCCCCCACGACCACCACCACCACCACCAGGAGGGAGAUAUGAGCUGCCACAGGAUUUCUCCGCCCAAUGCUGACUUCGCCUUUGCCCUCUACAAGAAUCUGAAUGCCAAGGCCAGUGCUGGAAAGAACAUCUUCUUUUCACCACUUGGCAUCUCCACCGCCCUGGCCAUGCUGGCCACGGGAGCCCGAGGUGAAACCCACAGUCAGCUCUUCUCCAGCUUGGGCUACAGCGCUCACAGCCAAGCAGAGAUCGAUGAGUCGUUCAAGCAUCUCAUCCACAUGCUCGGCCACAGCCAGCAGGAACAGCAUCUGGAGGUGGGCAACGCUGCUGCUGUCCGCUCCGGGUUCAACCCUCUGGAGAAGUUCAUGAACGACGUCAAACAGACCUACUCUGGUGAGGUCCUCAAUGUUGACUUCAAUGACCCCGCUCAGGCUGCAGCUGAGAUCAACAGACUAAUCGCGGAGAAAACCCAUGACAAGAUUAAAGAUAUGGUGAAGGACCUGGAUCCUGCUACAGCCAUGGUGCUGAUGAACUACGUCUACUUCAGAGGUAGGACACACACUCGUACAAGAGAGGGCGCCAAACACAACGUAUGAUAGCUGACAACCACCCAUCUUUACACAUGAAUUGAUGAGGAGUAAUGUGAGUGUUGUUGUACAGGACAGUGGGAGAAACCAUUCGAUGGUAACCUGACGCACAAGGCAGAAUUCCAUGUGGACGAUACGACCACAGUUCAGGUGGACAUGAUGAAGAGGACAGGCCGCUAUGACGUGUAUCAGGACUCCGAAAACCACACCACUGUCGUCAGGCUGCCCUACAAGGGUAACACCUCCAUGAUGAUCGUCCUGCCUGAUCAGGGUAUGAUGAAGGAGGUGGAGUCCCACAUCAGCAAGGAAGCCAUCCAUCACUGGCACGACUCAGCCUUUAGGAUGUAAGAGAGGCAUCUAACCUUGCCUUUGUCUAUGUUGCAGAACAUGUUGUAGAAACAGGUCGCUGACUGAUGACGAUGACUGAUGAUGGUAAACUUCUAUGUUGUUUAGGUCUGUGGAGCUCUUCAUGCCAAAGUUUUCCAUCUCCGCUGACGCGUCUCUGGAUACCACCUUAAAAGAAAUGGGCAUUACCAACGCCUUUGCAGACAGCGCUGACUUCUCUGGCAUAUCUGAGGAGGUCAAACUCAAACUGUCAAAGGUACGAUCACCCACUGAGUCUUGAUAGUUUCGUUGAAAACUUACUGCGCCCUCGUACUGACAUCUUCUUCCUUCUGAUUUCUCCACAGGCUUCCCACAAGGCCGUGCUGAGCGUGGAUGAAACAGGCACAGAGGCAGCCGCCACCACCACCCUGGAGAUCAUGCCAAUGAGCAUGCCCGAAAUUGUGACCCUCGACAGACCCUUCUUGGUCUUCAUUUUGGAGCACUCGACCAAGAGCAUCCUCUUCAUGGGAAAGAUCAACAACCCCACAGCCUAAAGAGCCAAAGAAAUACAGUCCCAGAUCUUGAUGUCUAAGUCAGUUUUGUAACUUAAGUACACAUUUGAAAGCCAUGUAGAGAUGUUGCAGAGGGAUAAGAACAUUGGGGAACAAUAAAUAGAGGAGAGUUUGGUGAGUAGGACAACAGAUCCAUCACAAAUAAAUGAAAAUGUUGGUCAACUGAACUGUUUACUGUCUUUUAGCAUUUAUUCGUAUCUACUGGACCUGUUGAAGAAACCUCUAAAUACAUUAUUACACACUUUGAACUGUUGACUUUUGCUUAUGUCACAGAACAAAAUUUAGUGGGAUGCCUUGCCAAAAAUCUUUAGGUGAAGAGGAGAGAAAGAAGCGACUCUUUGUUAAUGUUUAACAAAACUCUCAGCAGUGUCUCUUGGAUCAGCUGUUCAGGAUCGGGACAAUUGCUGAACUGCAAUGAAAACAUACAGUUUAAUUAAUUAACAAAAUUGAGGUUUCUUAAAAGGUAUACUCACCACAACAUAGGAUUUAUGUCAUUUGCAUAGUAUAGUAAUGCAUUCAUUAUCAAUUCCUCUCCUUGUUGUUUAUUAUAAAUAGUGAGGCUUAAUAUGGCAAUGCAUACUGGCGAACAGAUUACCCUUAACCCUUGUAUGCCUUUUGUAUCAUAUUUGAUAUAUACUUUUACAUACUUCUAUCAAAUCAAUAUGAUCAACAAAGUACUAAAAAGCACCUGAAUACAGGCUGAUAAAUGAUAAAAAUGUCCUCUUGUAGUUUAUCAGUUUCCAAAAACAUCUAAUGUAUCAAAUAAGAUAAAUAAAUAUAUUUGUAAAAUUUUAAGGACAUUUUGAUUUUUUUUGGUUUUCAGUAGUAAGUGAAAUAUACAUUUCAGCUCAAAAAAAAAAAAUUUGAAUUUCCAGCCAUAAUUUUUGUUUUCAAUUAUUAAAGAGCUACAGUAAUGGAGAUCAUAAACAGCACUUUUUGUCCUCCUCUUACACUUAACCCUAAAGUCUCUCGUUAGACUCUGCAAAAGCUGCUGCAGGGCCAAAACAACAUCAACACCUAAAACCUCCUGAAAUGAUGAAAUACAAAAACAAAUAGAUUCCAGCUUGUGCUCUAAUUUAAGGCCGACUCAGACCUAGACCCACACCCAGCCAUGCCGUUCGGAGAAAAGCAGCAGCUAUCGCCACCUAGUGCCGGUGUGUCACAUACACUUGAAAGUUUCAGGGGACACUGAUUUUAUACAACAUUUUUGAAACUCCACACCUAUAAAUAAAAAUAAAAAAAAGGUCAGCAGUCAAAAUGUAGCUGAAACAAACCUUUGCUAACAAACAAACUCAAUAAAUACUAAAAUUAACAGGAUGAAUAAAUAUUUUGUUUUUAAUAGUCUCUGAUGUUAGACUGUAAGGUGAAUAUAAGGUUAUAAAGCGAAUCUGAAAAAAUAAAAUAAAAAGUUUAAUUAAAUAUAUAAUCAAUGUUU